AUGGCCCAUCCGCAGGAGCAGCAGCCGCCAAGGAAACCAAAACGUAGAGAACAAUUAGAAGUCUAUUGCCUGGGUAAUCUUAAGAAAUACUUACAGGAGACAACGCUGCAUGGCUUGAAAUAUUUGGUGGACAACUCCUUGAAUGGCUGGGAAAAAUUAUUCUUUCUCGCCGCCUUUGUAAUUUGUUGCAUUACCGUGAUCCAUUUGAUAUCCAACAUCUAUGCCAAAUGGGAGAGUACACCGGUCAUCAUUGGCAUUAGUCCACAUCCAACACCAAUUUUAAAGAUUCCCCUGCCUGCAUUGACACUGUGCAACAUGAAUCAGGCCAUGUAUUCCAAGGUUGCCAACUACACAAAAGGCUCCCGGGAAUAUGCUGCUCUCCAGUAUUUGUGUCAUUCGGACAUUUUCAAUGACCCCCAAACCCAGAAUUUGGAAGAGUUUAAAAACAAUUCUCUGGAGCUUGCAGAAUUUAUUAUUGCGCAUUCCCAGCCCUGUUCCCGAAUGCUUGUGGCCUGUCAACUCAGUUCCGUGGAUGUCAAUUGCAGUGAAUUGUUUCGUGAAGUCGUCACCGAUGAGGGUCUUUGCUGUGCCUUUAACACCUUGCAUCCGCGUUUUCUGUACAAGGGAAAGUCAGUAGAACGUUCCAUAACGGAUAACUAUCGGACUCUGAAUGACCUGAUACAUGGUCCGGAUCUGGUACCAAUUGAUUGGAAUCCCGAAACAGGCUAUCCCACGAAAUUACCACCAAAAUAUUAUCCAAGGCCGACUUAUGGAACUGGUAUCUCGCUGGGCGUUUCCGUCAUGCUAAAUGCCGAUGUGGAUGAAUACUACUGCUCGUCGAGUAGUGGUGCUGGGUUCAAGGUGAAUUUAGGCAGUCCAGUGGAUAGACCUCUGAUAAGCGAGGGAGGUGUUGCCGUACCCUUGGGUUCGGAGACACGAUUUCGCAUUGAUGCCCAACUCACCGAAUCGUCGCCGGCCAUUCGCUCGAUAAAUCGUCGCCGACGUCGUUGUGUCUUUCUCGAUGAACAGCAGCUCGUCUUUUAUCGUUACUACACGAAGACACAUUGUGAAAAUGAAUGUUUGUCCGCCUUCCUGAUAGAGCAUUGCGGCUGUAUACCCUAUUAUUUGCCGGUAAUCUAUGACAAUGCAACAUUUUGUAAUAUCAGUCGAUUGUUUUGCAUUGAAAAGGCAAAGUUGACACAGAAUCCAGCUGGAAGAUGUAUGUCCCGUUGUCAUACGCCUUGUGUUGAUUUGACCUUUAUGCCGGAUGCAUUCUCUUCACCCCUGGCCAUGCACAAUUACACCAUACAGAGUGAAAUUUUGACAAACUUGCCCAAGGAGGAGGUGCAACGCAAUAUUGCCGUUAUACAUUUUUACUAUCGCGAAUCGGUCAUCAAUGCGGAACUGAAAAAUGUCUAUAUUGGAUUUACGGAAUUUUUGUCCAAUACCGGUGGCAUUUUGGGUCUUUUUAUGGGCUUCAGUUUCAUUUCCAUUGCCGAGAUUGUCUACUUUUCGCUACUUCGACCAAUUUUCAAGUUUGUGGUACCAGAGAAAGACCGUAACUCCGCUGUGAUUACACAAGUUCGUGCUGCCCCAAAGGUAAAUAAAAAUUGGCUGCCUGAAGAAAUAUGCAGAGUUGCAACCAAAUCCCAUAAUACCAAGAGAAGAGACGAAGAAGAGGAGCGGAGAUAUUCGAUAAGGGAGAGUGGAGUUCUAUAA